AUGGAGGGCUCUGUAGCGGUGGAGGAUCUCGGAGCCCCCGAGUCUUGGGAGGUGGCUGAUUUGGAUGAGACGAUGAGUCGUUUGUUGCUUAAUAAAGACUCUAGACAGCAACAGCAACAGCAACAGCCUCAAGACCAGCUCGCUCGUUCCGGCUCGGAUUCGUUUGGUUCGGGUGAGAAAGUAACCGAUGAUGUUAUCAAUCAGGUUGAUCAGUUUCUUCGUGAGGCAUUGCAAAACCCUCGGGAGCGCCUCUCAAUUUUGCGGAUGGAACAAGAUGUAGAAAAGUUUAUCCAUGAUCCGAACCAACAGCAAUUAGAAUUUCAGCAGUUGCCUACUUCAUAUCUAAGGCUAGCAGCACACCGUGUGGCACAGCAUUAUUCGCUGCAAUCGAUGGUUUUGUUAGACAAUAGUUUACCUGAUGGCUCUGGUUCCAGAAUUAUUGUCCGUAAGACUUCUGACUGUAGCCUUCCCUUGAUUCGCCUUGCCGACAUCCCUGUGAGUUUGCCAUCAGAAGAUGGUGAUGUUGUUAAGGUUGCAAUUAAGCAAAGGCCACAGAAACGGUCUCAAAUUGCCAACAACUCAAAUUCAAAUUCAACGAAGUCAAACAGUUCCAAAAGCGUGGAGGAAAGAAAAGAGGAGUACAACAGGGCACGUGCACGCAUAUUUAACUCUAGUAGUUCCAGCAGUGGUACUAGCGGGAAACCAGAAGUUGAACCAAGAUUACAGGAUGGUCCCCAGCAUGCUUCAUUUGGUAUAUCAAAGUCAGAAGAGAAAUCUGCUCCAGUGAUUCCUGAUUUAAAUUCUGGGCGGGUUUUAAUUGAAUCAGCCACAAUUAGCGGUAGGCCAGUUAGGUCUAGGAUGGAGAGGGAGCCAAUUGGUAGGUACAGGCCAAACAGCAGGGUGGCCAUUUUUCGGGACCGUGAGGUUGAUCGGAAGGACCCUGACUAUGAUCGAAGCUAUGACAGGUAUAUGCAAAGAUUUGAUCCUGGUUUUGGGUUCAAUGGGGGAGGACCUUACGCCAUUCAGCCUAUGUACGCUCCUGCACUGAAUUACAACACUGAAUUUCCACAACUUGGGUCCACACACGGGCCUCAGAUAUCUACAGAACACCAACCACGGCCUCUCCCUCAACAUGUACCCGGGCCCUGGGUUGGACCAUCAACCCCUGCAGGGAUUGGGUAUGGUCAUCCUGAUACUCUUAUACAACCAUUUAAUCCGAAUCAUGUCGGUGCACGUUCCACAUCUGCCAUUUAUCUGCAUUCAUCUCAGUAUCCAUGUCAACGCCCAGGAAUGCCUUUUAUUCAUCCACAUGAACAUGUUCAGCCUUUUUCACAGUCUCAUCAACAGCAACCUGAUGCAAGUUUUGGUUUAGCCCGGCCCCGCAUAGAGAACCGAGUUGGAUUGGAGUGGACACUUCUUCUCAUGAACAUCCCACUGAUCCAUUCCACCAGUCUCGGUUUUACUCGAGGCUUCUUCCAUAUGACCAUAAGGGCCAAAGGGGAUGCGCUUGAAGGAUAUUUUUAUCAGAGCUGGCAUUUGGUAUUUGGCUUGUCACAGCUUGACCCCUCAGAAAACUCUGAUCACGACUGA